CAAACAUCACUGUCAACCCCAGGGAGGUUUCAACGGUAGAAAUUUCUCUACCCACCUUUUCCUUUAAUGCGGCCCACCUGAGUAUUGGAUCCUGCUCACUUUUGGGCUCAAUUCAUAAAAUGAGCUCAAAAAACGGAUGGACGGGGUGGAUGUCUCACAAACAUAACGGUGGGUCCCAACUAGAUUUCCAGCGCAGGAACUUCAUCAACGUUUGUAUGGUCAAUGGUCUUUGUAAGCUUUGAGUGACUAUUGAAGUUCCCGGCGUCUUUUGUGCCUGCUAUUUCCUCUGAUUUCCUUCCAUCGGCCGUCUGUCCAUCGUUGCUACAGAUUUCUCAUCAGUGCCUUUACAACACCCUGGACAAACCGUUCGACCUCACCUUUCUAUUUCUUGCCAUUUUUGCACAUCAACGGUAGGCCAAACGAGUGCCGUACUUUUUUACGACUGUUUGGAGGUUGAGCCAUCUGCUCUUGUUUGGUUACGGUGAGCUUUGAAUCACCAUUGGAGUUUUGGGCCUCAGUUUUGCACGCUAUUUCCUCUGAUCUCGUUCUGCUGUCCAUCCAUUCAUCCAUCUAUCCGACGGUGCUACAGGAUUGCUCAUUAGUUCCUUUAUAACACUAAGGACAAACUGUUUGAUCUCACCUUAAAUAUUUAUUGACACUUUCACCCAUCAACAGUCAGCCAAUAAGCACGGGACUAUUAUACGCUGUUUGGAGUUUAAGUGACUAUGGAUUUUUUUAAGGCUGUUCUUGAAGUUGUGAAGUUUUUGUGGGAUCCUCUUGCUCGACAGAUAAGUUAUGUGAAGAAUCUAAAUAAAAAUGUGGAGGAUUUGAGAAAGAAUAUGGAUGAACUAACUAGUAAAGAAAAUGAUGUGACUAAUGAAAUUGAGAGAGCUAAGUUGCAACGGAGGGUUCCCCGGGAAGAAGUGAACAACUGGUUGAAAGACGUCGAAAAUGUUAAAAACGAAGUGACAGUCAUUGAGAAAGAAUUUGCUGAACAAGAGAGAUGCUGCAAUGGAUGUGUGCCCGAUUGUUACACAGCUCGAAAACUAAGCAAAAGAGCUUUGGAAAAAGCUUCUAAAGUGCAUGAGCUCAAGCAAAAAAGUUUAUUUGAGGGUGGAGUUGCAGUUGAUCAGCUACCGGCAACAGUGCAUACCUUACCCACAACAUCUCUAGAAGGUAAAACAUCAGCCGAAAAAACUUUAGAGCAGAUUUUGGGUUGUAUAAUGGAUGCAAAAAUAGGAAUGAUUGGCGUAUAUGGAAUGGGAGGGGUCGGGAAGACGACCAUCAUGAUGAAUAUUAACAAUCGUCUCAAGGAUGCCAAGCAUUUUAAUAGUAUUAUCUGGGUGACUGUAUCCCAAGAUUUUAACUUGGAGAGGCUACAAACUGAUAUUGCAAAGAAAGUUGAAUUGGUCUUACAAGAGGGCGACGACGAUGUGAGCAGAGCAUCAGCAUUAUAUGAAGCAUUAAUGAAGAGGCGAAAGUUUUUGCUCAUCCUCGAUGAUAUGUGGAAGGCAUUUUCACUAGAAAAAGUUGGAAUUCCUAAACCUAGUAAAGAAAAUGGUUGCAAGAUAGCAUUGACAACUCGGUCAUGGGAUGUUUGUGGUGGAAUGAAGACAGACAAGGUCAUUAAAGUACAAGUGCUUUCUGAAGAGGAAGCCUGGGUUCUAUUCAAAGAUAAUAUUGGUAGUGACGUGGUGCUGGCUUCAGAUGUGCAAGAAAUCGCAGAGCUUGUGGCUAAAGAAUGUGGAGGUCUACCACUAGCACUUAUCACAGUCGGUGGGGCUCUUAGAGGGGUUAAGGAUGUUCAUGAAUGGAGGGACGCGUUGAAUCAAUUAAGAAGCUCAGUGACUGAAAUUGAAGGCAUGCAGGAUGAAGUUUUUGGGCGGCUAAAGUUCAGUUACAAUCGCUUGAGUAAUGAGAAGAGUCGUGCUUGUUUCUUGUAUUGCUCAUUGUAUCCAGAAGAUUAUAAGAUCCCUGUAGAAGAGGUGAUUAAAUAUUGGAUUUGUGAGGGGUUAAUAGAUGAAGUGGGGGAUAUCCAAGCCAAAAUUGACAACGGGCAUUCCAUAGUGAACAAGCUUGUUCGUGCUUGCAUGCUAGAAAGUUCCAUUGAUAAUGUUAGGUAUGUAAAGAUGCACGACUUAAUUAGGGAUAUGGCGAUCGGCAUAACCAAGCAUAACCCUCUCUUCAUAGUCAAGGCUGGGAUCGGAAUGGAAGAGCCUCCGAAUGAUGAUGAAUGGUUAACAGAAGUUGAGAGGGUUUCAUUGAUGAGGAACAAAAUCCACAGCCUCUUAGCAACGCCAAACUGCUAUAAACUCACUACCUUGUUUUUGCAAGAUAAUCCUCUUCAAGGUCAUAUCUCUGCAUCAUUGUUUCAGCAUAUGUGUAGCCUCAGAGUUCUUGAUCUCUCCGAUUCUCACAUUCAGCGCUUGCCUGACUCGCUUUCUGAUUUGGUGAACCUCCGUGCACUGGUGCUAACAGAAUGCAAGUAUUUAUCCACGGUUCCCUCACUAGCAAAAAUGAAAGAGCUAAGGCUGUUGGACCUCUCUUCCACAAUCAUCGAGGUACUUCCGCACGAAAUGGAAGGAUUAGCAAAACUAAGAUUCCUUGACUUAUCGGGAAUGUACAAAUUGAAAACGAUUGAGACAGGAGUAAUAUCUAAGCUUCUCUGUCUUGAACACUUUAUGGCAUUGGGCGAUGGCUUUAUUCAAGCAUUCAAGCCUCAAGAAAGAAAGGUAUCAGAUGAGCUCGCAAAUCUAAGUCGGUUGGUUCUUCUUAAACUCUCCUUUCCUAACCUGGUAACCUUCUCACACUAUGUCAAAUCUGAGCAGUGGCGAAAAUUGAAGAAAUUCUCUUUCUUUGUGGGAGCUGAGGAUCCGAUGUCUUAUAGGCAGUUUUCUUACAUUAAGGGAGAUGAAAUCGGAGAUGAAAUCAACUAUUUAUAUGAGGUGGAGCAUUUGGUAUAUCUCGAAAAUCUGCGACUUGGCACCAGAAAAAGUCCUCUCUUGCUGCCUGCCAACACAAUUGAGUUGGCCAUUAAAAAUUGCACAAAUUUCUCCCGACUGUCGCUUCUCUCCUUAACGAAUGUGGAGGGAUUGAAGUUAUGCUACAUUAACGAGUGCCGCAGAGUGAAGUCCAUUUUGUCAGUUGAAGAUAAUGCCUCUUUCCUCACAUCCUUAGAGCACUUACUUCUUGAGGAAGUACCAAAUCUACAAACUGUUUGUCAGGGAGUACUUGCGACACUUGGCACCUUUCAAAGCUUGAAGACCAUAAUCAUCGUUAAUUGCCAUAGGCUGAAGAAUUUAUUUUCAGCUGGGUGGUUGAAGAAUCUUCAGAAGCUUGAAACAAUUUUUGUUAAGGACUGCGAUGGGAUGGAAGAGUUGGUGGCCGAAGAAGAAGAAGAUGAGAUAAGUGUAACAAACGACAUCAAUAAUGACAUUACCAUCACGCUGCCUAUGUUAAAGAAUAUCUAUCUUUCAGAUGUGCAUAAACUGAAGAAGAUUUGUGGCAAGGUACUCAUGUGCAGUUCUAUGGCCUUCAUUAAAAUAAAAGGUUGUCUUAAGCUGCAGAAGAUCCCUUUCUCCGUUGGUACCUCACCCGUGACUUUUGAAGGAGAGAUUGAGGGAACGGGAAAGUGGUGGGAUAAAUUGGAAUGGGACGAUGCUGCCAUUAAACCACUCCUCCUUCCCCUUUACAAAAAAUUGGAAGAUGACGACACUGACGAUAGUGACGAUGACAACGAUAGCGACCAUGAUGAUGAUGAAGAAGAAGAAGAAGAAGAAGAAGAUGAUGAUGAUGAUGAUGUUCAUCAUUAUCACCAUCAUCAUGAAAAGGAAGCAUCUGAAAAAGAAGAAACAGCUAUCACAACAACAAAAGAAGAAGGUCUGGAUGGUCCCGCUUGUUCUUCUCUUUCAUGACAGACAAACGAAUGGCGAAAUAAGAAGGUUAUGUGAGAUGGAGUGAAGAUUAUGGAGGGGAAAAAUCUAGCGAUCGUAUGGCUGGGAUCAUUCAACGGCAUGCA